AAAUGCGAUACUUUCCCCUCCUGUAUGUCGUACAAGUGCUGCUGCGGGGAGGGGGGUGCAUUGCUGCUAGCAGCUAGCAGGUGUCCGCUACUCGCUGCGCUGCUCGCUAGUCUCAGUGUAGUGUAUAGUCUGUGUCGUGUAUGCCUAGUGCUCAGGAACUUUAACUUUCACAUUGCCCGGGAAAUGUGGCAGAAAAGAAGACCCAGUAUUUUUUGGAUAUUCAUUCUCUAAAAGGGUUCAACCUGGUAUCCAGCAUGAGAAAUGAGUGAGUGCUCCUGCGAAGCCGUACUGCUGGGCAGAGAACCGGUGAAAGGGACGGCCAACGCGGACAGUCUAGCAGGACAGAUCCGCUUGGUCACCGCUCCCGGUCGUCCGGGGACCCUCGGCACCAAAUGCCGGCUACGCUGCUCUAGGGACGGCAUAGAGAUCCGACCAGCGAAGCGACAUGAAGACGAAGGGUUCGAGUCCGACGAUGACGCUGUCUCUCAGACCUCAUCGGACAGCAACUCUUCGACCUACUGUUUCGUGGAGGACCAUGUGCUCAAAAUCUCGGGUCCGGCGAGCUCAGGGUCCGCGGAGCCCUCCGUGGCCACUGACAGCGCCAACAGUAGCGGCGCGUCGGACAACGACGAUGCUGAAAACUCUCUGAACCCUGUCCAUCCUCUCCCAUCACCUCCGUCCCACCCCCCUGCACUGCACGCGAAACCGAGAAAAUGUUCCCCUGACGAAUCCUCACCCUCGAGAGAACUGUACGCGUACAGCGAUGUCGCCUUCUGCCAUACGGACGCAGGGUACCCUAAAGUCCUUGUGUUGGUUAUUAGAAAGAAAUCUUUAUCUAUUAAAGAAGACGGACAAUCCUCGACUGGACUAGAAGCCGUUAUAUUUCAGUGUAAAAGUGUACAGAGCGUAAGGGAAGUGUGUGCGAGCUAUAAAGAAUUUAGCCGCAGAUUGAAAAUGGACCUUCAAUUCCGAUAUCCUCACAAAAGAAAAGAAUCUUCUAAUUCCUCGGGAACGCUUUACAGAAAUGUAUUUGACGUUUUACAAAAUUCCAUGACGACUUCUCCAGCAAAUUCGACUUUUUUCAAAACCUCCCUUCAUCACGUAGCUGACAAGACUCCUUCCAUUAUCAAAGAAGAUUUUUCAUCCUCUGAUGCUAAUAAGAAGUAUAAUUUAGUCCAACGGACAGACGGGGACGGUGUAACCCACAUAGAAGUGUCCAAAGCUGCGACCGGCAACUACUUCGGCAGCGUGACGACUACAGACGAGUACUCCGGCUCAUCCAGCAUCAUCAGCAUCAGCACACCGGACGAGGGGAACUUGUUUAUGUCCUCAUCGAUCGUCGUUCCCCACAGCCCUAGUCCCUCUUUCACCGAGACGUCUUCCAGCUCGGGAGAAAUCGACGGAGUAAUUUGCGCUGAUAUAGAAUCUAGUCCAGAGUCAAACUCGAAAACCUUGCGAAAAACGACAAACCCUCUGAUAGCCGAACCGAAAGAUGAGAAUGGUGAGAAUAAAACUGACCCGCAAGUCAAUCAAGACGUUCCUCCUAAGAGACCUCAGCGAGGUAAAUACAUAAAGAAUAACGCGAAAGCGAAGCAAUUGACGAAAAAAGAAGAAAAGCCGAGUGAAAACGAAAGUAUCUUAAAAAAAUCUCCAGCUCCUGAGCCACCGAAACAGUCAAGUAGCCAAGAGAAGGUAGUUAGAGGCCAGUUUAUCAGAGUGAACGUGGACCAACAGCAACAGUCUCCUUCGCAGUUCUCUACUACACCCAGGCCAAGCCAUCGACUGUUCAGCGAGUCGAGACCUUCCGGGCAGAUGCUGUCGUACCCUGCCUGGAGCUUACCGUCACCGGUGACGUCAGUCUCGAGCAAGAGAGGACGAAGAACUAGAGAGGACGAGACAGACUACCGUAGCCGAGAUGGGGGUUCCAAGGGUUACCAACGCCGCAGUCGUAGUAGUGGGGGAGGUCCUGGCAGAAGAACCACCAGUCCACCGGCGAGGCCUCUGGUCUACCGAUACAUAGACAAUCUUCACCCCAAGCCUCUGUCCAACAAAGUGUUUGGUAAACUGAAGGAGAUCGCCAACAUUAACAACUCUUGUGUUGGGACCCUUUCUCGUAGAAGGAACAGCAGCGGGGAUCUCUCCACCGUCCAGUUCUACACUUAUUUAGAGCCUUCUCUCAAAGUGUCUACCACCUCAAAAAGCACAACCAACCUGAAAUCCGUCAUCAAAAAGAGAAAUUGUAAUGAAAACCUUGAACCGAAAAAAGUGACUUUUAGUGCUUACGCGACUGUACAAGUAGUGGACUGACUGUUAGUGUAAGGUUGUAACUAAAAUUAUUGUUGUAAAUAUGCUCCCAGGCAUUUUAGUUAGGUAAUUUUUCUUCAGUAAGCCUGUCUCUAUUGUAAUAAUAAAUACUUAAUUAUUACGUAUCGAUUUGACUUGAGUCCCAUUUAGUCGCAUGUACCUCCAGUGCAAUAUUGUGUUGACGUACGGGUUACCUUGAACACAUUCAAUUCCAAAAUAUUCGUUUUAUUUAUAGUUUUAUAAACAAACAUAUGUU